AUGGGUCGGGCUUACUACGCUGGCUUCCUUUCUGCUUUGAUUUUUGCUGGUCUCUCUUCUUCUUUUGCCCAGACUAUCUCAACGAAUACCCCGAUUCCACCACUUCAAUGGAUAAAUCUCACUGACUCGCUUGGAGGUGCAAGGCCACCGCCGCUGAAGGAUGCUGUUAUGGGGUACGAUGAAUCGAGUCGUUCGUUGAUCAUCUUCGGAGGUGAAUCAUCUGGUGGAUUUCCUCAGAGUCAAACUUACAUUCUCAAUUUGCAAACUUUGCAGUGGUCUACGCCGUCACCACCAGAUAACCUCCGUCGGACUCCCUCUGCGCGCAGUAGUGCUAUAGGUGGGGUUGACAACGCCGCAAGCAAUCGUCAUGGAUUUGUAGUCAUUGGUGGUAAGGAUUCGGGCGGACGCGCUUUAUCCGACGUAUGGGAAUUCGACUUCAUCAACCAAUUCUGGUCUGAAGUUUCUGUAUCUCCCGGAGGUCCUCCGCCCAGAUGGGGUUCAGCGGGGGGGAUCGACUUACGGACCCCCCCAACUCAAGACCCCGUGGUUCCAGGACCUAAUAAUACUUUCUAUGUCGCAGGCGGGUUCAAUGGUGCCACUACGCAGGCUCUAAGUGACGUUUGGAUGCUCGACGUUUCCGGAACACUCUCUUCAAAUUUGCCUGAUAGCGUCGCCGCUAGCUGGCAGAGGGUCUCCAUUACCCCCUCGUUAUCCUCGCAAGUUAACCAAGGUGGUACAAUCAUUGGGCAUCAAAUUGUCGCUGUGGGUGGCUGUAGUACCGCAUCUUCAGAUCGUUCAUGUGCAAACCAAAAAUCUUACAUCAUCGACCCCACUCGAAGCCAGGUCAUCUCACCAGAUGGGUGUCCAGCGCCGAGAUUGAGUCCCACCGUUAUUUCGAACACAAACCCAUUCUCGACUAGGUUUGCUUCCCAAGCUUUUCUACUUUUGGGUACAUUCAAUGCAUCUCUUUGGGAUGAUGGCGGCGGUCUUGAGAAGGGCGAAGUAGCGGUACUUGAUAUCAAUACCGGCUCAUGGGCUAGAAUAUUGCCAGCUGGCGACCCUGGAGCUUCUGGAAAGCAAGCUUUCCCUGGGCCCCGCGAGGGCGCAUCUGCCUUCUCCUUCCCUCAAGCACUUGUAGGAAGCGACCGCAAUAUAUCCUCCGAUACCAUUAUUUACGGCGGUCGGGACGUCGAGGGUAGAUAUCUGUCCGAGGUUUGGUUGCUCAGAGCAUACUCAGGGGAGCUUAGUUCGGCUUCUGAGAGAUGGUCGGGAUACGGUAACGGGCAACUUCAGACAGGAGCCAACGCGAACGGCGCAGGUGUUUCAGUCAGUUACCUAUCACAGUGUGCGGUCGCCAUUUCACCUACACAAUCGUCGACUUCAUCUGCUCCGGGCCCCUCGGCCACGCAACCACCACCGGGAUCACCAACCUCGCCGCAAGAUGGAGAUGCUCGAUUCUUCCCUUAUGACACAUCAACCACACACAAACUACUCGCUCCUUUGUCGCUGGCCAUCUUCCAGGUGGCCUUUCUCGUUUUACGUCAAGUAUCUCCCUGGUUCAACACCUCCUUCGCCUCGGAUACCCAUCUCGCUUGGACCUACUUGCCUAUUCUCGCCGUGAUCGUUGCCUACGGCGUUGGUGUUGCAGGAAUUGCAACCGCGUUCACUUCGAUCUCUGCUACUUCCAGUAUCGCCAAACGGGCCGAACCCUCCCUUACGCUCCAAACGUUGCACGGUCAAGUUGGCCUUGCCUUCUUUGUCGGGCUGUUUGGCCUCAUGCCUAUCCUUCUUGCUCUUAGUCUAUUGAUCCAGUUCCUACGCCGCCCUGCCGAUAGCAGAAGCGAGAAGUCGAAAGCCACUUCAAUAGCGCUCAACGAGAAAAAUGGCCCACACAGUGAACCUAUCAGUCGCCCACAAAGCGAGCAGAAUGUGUCACCUCCUUCAUCGCCACGUCAACGCGUGCACUCUUGGGGCCCCUCGACUCUUUGGCAGAGAAGCACGGAGGGGCGUCUAUCCGACGACUCUGAGUCAAUGAGCUCAGGAGGGCCCACUAGAACUUUCGAAGUUCUCAAUCGCCCGGCGCGCAACCGGAAGAAAACCGGAGCAUCGCUCGCAAUUCCAAUGAACGAGAGUCCUAGUCAUAUCCCACGCAAUCUCUCUGACGUCGACUGGCUUCAGCGCCGGCGAAGCCUCAAUGCUGUGGGCGAGCUUGAUUAUGCACUCACUCAAGCGAGCAGGCCGACUCCAUCGACUCCGCACACAAUGGAUGCUCUCGUACCCCCAGGCAACCACAUUUCAAAUAGUCAACCGUUUAUGCCCUCCCUUUUCGUAUCCAUUGUGCAUAUUCUUCUACAUGUAUUUCUACUCGCACUAUCCAUCAUCACUCUCAUUGCCCUAUGGAGGCGAGCCCCCCGCGCGGCUUUCGCAGUGUUUCUCGCCUGGACUAUAAUUUUCUAUGUCAUUAUGUUCGUAUCCUCCUGGCGCGGCCGUCCGAAUAAUUCCCUCCUUUCUUCUCUUUGCUAUCGUAUACGUAUAGACCCUCACCAGACACCCGCCUUGUCAGCAUCUCCUACACCACAGUCGAUGCCGGCAGACGUUGAUCAGUAUCCUUUCCCGACCGACAACCGAGGCCCUUACGUCCACCACCAGCCAGCGUAUCGUGUUGCCCCCUCUGACUAUUCUCAUGGACCGCGCAGUGUCGAAACUGACGACGACAUUGACGAAGACGAUGACGCUCGACAGCGGCAGAUGGAGGAAGAAAUGAGCCGACGCGACGUUUCAAUAGUCACCGUACCGAGACGCAAGUUAUGGAUAACUAAUCCUUCAUGA